CGCAGACUGACAGUCUACGUUGUUUGUGCCACGAGAAACAAUUCCAUCUAUCCCAUGAACCCCCUCUAUCAUCAGCAUUGUACCGGCGUUCAAGGGCCUCGAGGCUGGCCAAUGUCGGAAACAUCGAAUUUGUCCCGCUUGAUUUCUUGAUUUUAUUGUCAUGGGGGACGUCCUGUCGCCUACUGCUCCUAAUGGGGCUUCCGCACCCGCUUUGGUAGAAGCAGAUCCUUUGAAUGUUCUCGAACACAUCGCCAACCUCAUCGAAAUCACACUCGGUGCUGCGCGGAGGGAACUCGAAGCUGUAGGGAGCCUGUUGUCCAAACCAGACCGUGCAGAUUCACUCGAAAAAUGUGCCAAAUUUGCGAGCGAUUCGCAGGUCACCCUGUUUGCGCAGAAGGACAUCAGGGAAAGCCUGGUCAACGGCCAUGACGAGAGCCCAAAAAUUGAGCAUAGCUACAUACUAUCGUCUGAGUUGGCUCCCUCCUCGACGACCGUCGCCUCGAUUGCUCUCCUCAAACUAUCUGGUCCCCUCGAUUCCCGAAAGCCUCUUGCACAUCAGAUACAGGUCUUUAACCUUCCAGGUUCCUACGCUAUCGAUAGCGAAGUAGCCACUAGUUCCGAACUCGCCUCACCUUAUACCGUUGUCUACUCACUACUACAUAAUGUACUUGGCCCAUACUUUGACGCAUAUACGAGGAGAGGCGGUUCCGGAAACCGUAGUUGGUACGAUGCCCAAGCCAAAGGUGGUGUGCCUGGAGCGAAGAGGCGGAUGAAGGAAUUGGAGAUUAGCCUUCUGAACUUGCAGCAAAACACUGAUAUUCCGCUUGUUCACCUGCCCCUACACGAGGUCGUGGUAGACACCUUACAAGAUGCCACGGCUCAGGGUGUCCCACCCGCUGUCCAGCUCAUUCCUACACAUAUCUUGGAAAACACCACCGUGCAAAACAGUCUUACGAAUACCGUCAACGGAUGGAUCAAGUCAAUACAAGCCCUGACCAAGCUCGCAAAGGACCUUUCUGGCGCUCAAGCGACUGCUGCUCAAGAAAUAAACUUUUGGUUGAACCUCGAAUCCGCCCUCGCAAAGUUGGGAGACGAAUUGGAAUCGCCAGGGGUCAAACUGACCAUGGACAUAUUGAAGAAGGCGAAACGGCAGCAGCAGGUUAUUGGGUUUGACACCGACACCGGGUUGAAAGAGGCUCGGGAUAUCGUGCACAAUUACAACACCCUUAUGCGUGAUUUCCCCCUCGACGAACUCUCGUCUGCAGGUUCAUUGGAAAAGGUGGUGGAUGCACUGGACUCUAUCUUCGGCCAUCUCAACAAAAAAUGGAGGGUUUGCAACUAUCCAAUUCGACGAGCAUUGAAACUUGUUGAAGGUAUCUCUGCGGAGUUGAACACCCAAGUGCACAAUCUGCUUCAGGGAAGGUCAAUCAUGUCUUCGAGCUACAAGGACUUCCAGAAACUGAUGGAGUCCGUCAAUAAGGUGUGGACAACUUGGGACGAUCACCUGAAGAGCUUUACCGCAGUCGCACGAGAGAUCACCAGACGCAAGAACAACGAUUUUGUUCCAGUGAAAAUUUCUUCUCAACAUGCCCAGACACAAGAGCGGCUACGGUAUGUGAACCAAUUUCGAAAUAAUCAUGAACAAUUACUCCAGACGAUUGUGAACGUCCUUGGCGCGAAGUCGACGGCUUCUGGCCAAACGGCGCCUCCUGAUGAAGGCGGUGCCGCGAUCAUAGAAGAGCUUGGUGAUGUCGAUGCUGUCGACGAGGUCAACGCCGCGUAUGAAGUCGUCAGGCAUGUAAAUGUGCUCGAAGUUUCAGACGAGGGUACGAGAGUCUGGGUUGAUGCAGAGAAUCAAUACACGGAGAGGACAUCUCGUGUUGAAGAUUCCAUCAUUGCACGACUGAGAGACCGCCUGGGCAAGGCAAAGACCGCCAACGAGAUGUUUCGGGUGUUUGAAAAGUUCAAUGCGUUGCUUGUCAGACAAAAGGUCAGAAGCGCUAUAGCGUCAUAUCAGGCACAACUCCUGGACAACGUCAAAAGCGCCAUUGCAGCUCUGCACGAGCGUUUCAAGCAGCAAUAUGGCGGUUCUGAAGCACAAAUGAUGGCACAGCUUCGUGAUAUUCCUCCCGUGGCUGGUGCAAUUCUUUGGGUGCGACAAAUCGAAUCACAGCUGGAUGGCUACAUGUCCAAAGUCCAGGCAGUUCUCGGAGAGGAUUGGAAGCUCCAUACAGAUGGUGAAAAGUUACAAGCUGAAAGUAACAUGUUCCGAAAGAAACUCACCACUCGAGAUAUCUACGAAGCAUGGCUAUAUGAUGUUCAGUCAAGAGAUAUCUCGGUGACAGGGAGGCUCUUCGUCAUCACGCGCAGCCGUAGUGCUAACGGAGCCCUGGAGUUGAACGUCAACUUUGACAACCAUGCCAUAUCUCUGUUCAAAGAGGUCCGAAAUCUGACAUGGUUGAACUUCCAGAUCCCGCAUCGCAUCGCUACCACCGCCAAACAGGCUCAAAGAGUAUAUCCGUAUGCACUGAGUCUGAUGGAAAGUGUGUCUGGUUACUUUUCGACGGUUCGGACCAUCCUUGAGAUGCCCAACAUGGUUCCGCUGAUGGCUGGCUAUGAGAGAGAAGUACAGAAUCUCUUCAGUACCGGCGUUAAAUUGCAGUGGGAUUCAUUCAUCCAUUCGUACGAAGUGCACAUCAAAGGGAAGUCCACAUCAAAUGACUCUGCCCAUGUACAGUAUGUACGUGAUCUGGCUACGGCUGUUACAGUCCUGCAGAGCAAAACCGCGAUCAUUCGAGAACUCGAUCAGAAAAUCCAACUGGCACUUUCGGAGAUGAAAUCGUGCCAAUACUCGGCGAAGUCCUUCCAAGCCCAGAUGGACGUUAUACAGAAUGCAGUGGACAAGAUGAAUCUGGAGAGCUAUGCCAACUUGUCACCGUGGGUGUCAGAUUUGAAUUUACAGCUUCGACGCAUAUUCCAGGAACGGUUGCAGCAUGCUCUAAAGCACUGGACGACCACUUUCAUUUCUUUAGAUGGUCAGGACGGAAUGCAGCAGAAUACCGUUGUACCGGAAGACGCCAUCUACCAUGUGCAAUUUCCCCAGACAAACAUUGAAAUCAUCAUGAACAACCAAACCAUAUUCGUGGAGCCCCCUCUAAACUUUGUCAAAGCGUCCUGGGUGAACCAGUUGGAAGACUGGCUCGACGUCCUAUGCCAUCUACCUCAGAUAGCGCUUCGAUAUCAAGUAACGGCAGAUGCUGGCCUUGCACAGGCAACCCUGUCCUACAACGACUUGCCCUUGGAAACUGUCGAGACUCUGCUCACGGCGUACAAAGCCAUCGAUUCUAAAAUUGAUCAAAUGUCAACUUACCUGGAUGAAUGGUACACAUAUCAGAACCUUUGGGACCUGCGAAGCGACCAGUUGCACGAGAGCCUGGGUGACGAUCUUGGUCAGUGGCAUCAAUUACUUCAAGAAGUUCGCCAUGCACGAUCGACCUUCGAUACUUCAGAGGGCCGGAAAGCCAUUGGCACUGUUGUCUUUGACUAUGAGCAGGUCCAGUCCAAGAUCACUCAGAAAUACGACAACUGGCAGGACGAAAUCACGAGAAAAUUUGGUGGUAUCCUUGGCAAUCGGAUGGCAGAAGUGUUCAAUGACAUGAGACAAUCUCGGCAAGAUUUGGAAAACCAGUCCCUGGAAGCAUCGUCCACCGCACAAGCUGUAGCAUUCAUCACGACUGUUCAGCAAUGUAGGAGGAAUGCCGCCAUGUGGGGUCCUGAGGUCGAGAUAUUCCGCCAGGGCCAGACAGCCCUUUCCAGACAACGUUACAAUUUCGGUGCUGAUUGGCUCUCUGCGACCCAAGUCAGUGACGAGUGGGAUGCUUUCGAGGAGAUACUCAAUCGCAAAAGCAAAAUCGUCGAGGAUCAAACGGAUGCCCUGCGGUCCAAUGUCAUCAAUGAAGACCGUGCCAUCAGCCGUCGCAUAGCAGACGUCGUUGCGCAGUGGUCGGAAGAGAAGCCCGUGUCCGGCACAAUUCCUCCGGCUGAAGCCGCUGAAGUGUUAAGAACAUAUCAGACACGGAUGGAGAAACUCCAAAAUGAGGCCGACACAGUUGCAAGAGCCAAGGAAGCUCUUGCUCUCCCUUUAACGAAAGACACUGCUCUGGCUUCUGCUCUCGAAGAAGUCAGUGAUUUCAAGUCGGUCUGGUCAGCCCUUUCCACGAUAUGGCAGAGUGUCAAUGACCUUCGUGACACAUUGUGGACCAGCUUACAGCCUCGAAAACUCCGCCAGUCCCUUGAUGGCUUGGUGAAGAUGACCAAGGAAAUGCCCAGCCGCAUGCGCCAAUACGCUGCAUUUGAGCAUGUGCAGAACGUCUUGCGACAACUUAUCAAGGCAAAUCCGCUUCUGACCGAUCUGAAAUCCGAUGCUAUUCGAGAACGACAUUGGUUGAAGAUCUUCAAGGCUUUGAAGCCAAACAAGCGGUACUCCGAGGUGUCGAUGACGCUAGGAGAUGUCUGGGACCUGCAACUGAUCACGAGCGAAUCCACAAUCCGAGAUAUUAUCGCUCAGGCCAGGGGCGAGCUAGCUCUGGAAGAGUUCGUCAGACAAGUGCGCGAUACGUGGCAAAGUUAUCCCCUGGACCUGGUCAACUACCAGAACAAAUGUCGGCUUAUUCGCGGUUGGGAUGAUCUUUUUGCCAAGUGCAGCGAGAACCUCAAUUCGCUGCAAGCAAUGAGACACUCUCCCUAUUACAAAGAGUUUGAGGAGGAAUCUUCCGCGUGGGAAGACAAGCUCAAUCGCGUGCAUGUUCUCUUUGACGUCUGGAUCGAUGUGCAGAGACAAUGGGUCUACCUAGAGGGCGUGUUCACUGGCAAUAAUGAUAUCAAGCACCUUCUGCCUACAGAGUCCAGCAGAUUUUCCAACAUCAAUACCGAAUUCUCUGCUGUGAUGAAGAAGGUAUACAAGUCUCCAUUUGUCAUGGAUGUUCUUGCCAUCCCCGGUGUUCAGAAGUCUCUGGAACGGCUCGCUGAGCUCCUGAGCAAGAUCCAGAAAGCCCUAGGAGAAUAUCUCGAACGUGAGCGUGUCUCGUUCCCUCGGUUUUACUUUGUGGGAGACGAAGAUCUUCUGGAAAUUAUUGGCAACAGCAAUGACAGCACACGCGUGGCAAAACAUUUCAAGAAGAUGUUCGCAGGCAUUUCUGGAGCAGAGGUGAACGACGAUAGUACGAUUACAGCCGUCACUUCAAAGGAAGGAGAGUCCGUUGUCUUGAAGAAAGAGGUUUCUCUCAUCAAAUUGCCUAAGAUUAACGACUGGCUCACCUCUCUUGAUAACAGCGUCAAGCACACUUUGGCAGAGUUACUUGCAGAGGCUAUUACUGCAUUCCGGCCACUUUUCACUGCGCCCGAACUCGACGCAGCCUUGUUUCAAGAGUACAUGAACAUGUUUCCAGCUCAAAUUAUGAUUCUCGCUGCUCAGGUCGUGUGGACUGACCUUGUUCAAGAGGCAUUGGAGGCUGCUGGCCAGGGUCUGACAAAAUUACACGAGUUUGAAGAACGAUUGCUCGAUCUGCUGGCAGAGAGCGUCCUCCAGGAUCUUCCUGCAUUGGCUCGGAAGAAGUGCGAACACUUCAUUACAGAAGCGGUGCAUCAACGUGACGUUGUUGCUAAACUCAUCAAAGCGGAAGCUGCUUCCCCGGGGCAUUACCUCUGGAUCCUGCAAAUGCGAUAUGUCUACGACCCCAGUGCUGAAUUGAGGAGCCGGCUGCGUAUCGAGAUGGCAAAUGCUGUCCUAGACUACGGGUAUGAAUACCUCGGAGUACCUGACCGCCUCGUACGAACACCACUUACCGAUCGCUGCUUCUUGACCCUGACACAAGCACUCUGUCAACGUCUUGGAGGCUCCCCCUAUGGCCCUGCGGGUACUGGUAAGACCGAAUCAGUGAAGGCUCUCGGUCUUCAACUGGGCCGCUUUACCUUGGUCUUCUGUUGCGAUGACACGUUUGAUUUCCAAGCCAUGGGUCGUAUCUUCCUUGGCUUGUGUCAGGUGGGUGCCUGGGGGUGUUUCGACGAGUUCAAUAGGUUGGAAGAAAGAAUUCUCUCUGCAGUAUCCCAGCAAAUCCAGAACAUUCAGAUUGGUCUCAAACACACCACCAAUGAACAGAAAGCACAGAUCGACCUCGUCGGGCGUCGUUUCAAGGUCAAUCCCAACUCGGGUCUCUUCAUCACAAUGAACCCCGGUUAUGCUGGACGUUCAAAUCUUCCAGACAAUUUGAAAAAGCUGUUCAGAAGCGUUGCAAUGUCAAAGCCAGAUAAGGAGCUGAUUGCAGAGGUAAUGCUCUUCUCCCAGGGCUUCAAGCAGGCGAAGCAAAUAUCUGCUCAGGUGGUGCCAUUCUUCGACCAUUGUGCUCAGCGGCUUUCGAAACAGCCUCACUACGACUUCGGUCUACGAGCGCUCAAGAGUGUGCUCAUUAGCUCCGGGGGACUCAAGAGAAUUCGCAUGCAAUCCAGCAGCGAAGGCACAGAUGAUGAACGUGCUCUUGAACCACAGAUCAUUGUGCAGAGCAUCCGAGAAACAGUAUCCCCCAAGCUUAUCAAGCAGGAUGUUGAAACGCUUGUGGACGUCCAAGCACAAGACUUCCCCGGCGUGGAAUAUGUCCCAGCCAAUAUGGACAAGCUUGUUUCGGCCAUCAAAGAGGUCAUGCGCGAGGAACACCUUACUGAAAGCGAGGCCUGGAUGACCAAGAUCUUGCAACUGUAUCAAAUCCAGAACAUUCAUCAUGGUGUGAUGAUGGUGGGUCAAUCUGCCUCGGGCAAAUCAUCAAUUUGGAAAGUCUUGCUCCAGGCCCUUCAAAGAGUCGAAGGUGUUGAGGGAGUGCACCACGUCAUAGACCCCAAAGUUAUGUCGAAAGAAGCUCUUUAUGGCAGUCUCGAUAGCACUACACGAGAGUGGACGGACGGAUUGUUCACUGCCAUCUUGAGAAAGGUCGUCGACAAUUUGAGAGGCGAAGAUAGUAAGCGCCACUGGAUUGUUUUCGAUGGAGAUGUUGACCCAGAAUGGGUUGAAAACUUAAACAGUGUGCUCGACGACAACAAGCUUCUCACCUUGCCCAAUGGUGAACGACUGAACCUGCCCCCCAAUGUGCGCAUUAUGUUCGAAGUGGAGAGCUUGAAGUAUGCGACUCUCGCCACUGUCAGUCGUUGCGGUAUGGUCUGGUUCUCGGAUGACACUGUAACCCCGUCCCUGAUGAUUGACCAUUACCUGCAAAACCUUGCGGACAGAAGUUUCGAGGAUCUGGACGACGAGAUCAAGGCCUCAGGCCUGGCCAGUAAAGCACGAGAAACGCAAAGACACAUUGUUGAAACAUUGCGAGGCCUAGCCAACCGCGAUGAUUUCCUCCUCAAGGCCCUCUCGACAGCAUCGAAACACAGACACAUCAUGGAUUUCACGCAUGCCAGAGCGCUUGACAGUGUUUUCAGUCUGCUUGCCAAGGCAUGCCGUUCAAUCCUAGAAUACGAUUUGAAUCAUCCUGAAUUUCCCCUUGACGUGGAACAGACAGAAGCCUACAUUUCCAAGAAGCUUCUGUUAGCAUGUGUCUGGAGUUUUGUCAGUGAUGCAGGGUUGGGCAUUCGAAAAGAGUUUGGUGACUUCCUCAGCACGAUGACAAACGUCGAUCUGCCAAACCUGGACAGCACAACAUCUCUCAUCGACUACGAUGUCAACUUGCCACACGCUCAGUGGCUCCUAUGGCAAUCCCAGGUACCCACAGUCGACCUGAAUACCAACUCAAUCAAGCAAACCGAUGUCAUCAUACCGACAGUCGACACUGUUCGCCACGAAGAUGUCCUGUACUCAUGGUUGGCCGAACACAAGCCGCUCAUGCUUUGCGGUCCACCCGGAUCUGGUAAAACUAUGACCCUCUUCAGUGCUCUAAGGAAACUGCCAGACAUGGAGGUUGUCGGUCUCAAUUUCUCUAGUGCAACCCAGCCGGAACUAGUCAUCAAGACUUUUGAGCAGUAUUGCGAAUACAAGAAGACAUUGAACGGGAUGGUCCUUUCCCCGACACAACUCGGUCGAUGGCUAGUUAUCUUCUGCGACGAAAUCAAUCUUCCAGCCCCUGAUAAGUAUGGUACUCAACGAGCAAUCAGUUUCUUGCGACAACUUGUGGAACAAAAUGGCUUCUGGCGCACGUCAGAUAAGGUCUGGGUAUCCUUGGAACGCAUUCAAUUUGUAGGCGCCUGCAACCCCCCAGAAGAUGUCGGCCGUCAUCCUCUUGGCGAUCGAUUCUUGAGGCACGCUCCUGUUGUCAUGGUUGACUACCCUGGCGAGUCCUCAUUGACUCAGAUUUACGGGUCAUACAACAAUGCUGUGCUAAAGGUGGUACCAAGCUUACGAGGCUUUGCGGACGCUCUGACGCAUGCAAUGGUGGACUUCUAUCUCAAGUCUCAAGCACGAUUCACCCCAGACAUUCAGCCGCAUUAUGUUUACUCUCCGAGAGAACUCACUCGGUGGGUUCGUGGCAUAUAUGAAGCCAUCGCCCCGCUCGAACACCUCUCGCUUGAAGGUCUUAUUAGGAUCUGGGCACAUGAGGCACUGCGACUGUUCUCUGACCGUCUCGUGGAACCCGAUGAACGUGCUUGGACAUCUGAUAUGGUCAGACAGACCGCACUUGAGCACUUCCCCACGGCAGAUAUUGAUCAAGCUCUACAAGGACCUAUUCUAUUCUCGAAUUGGCUCUCCAAGAAUUACGUGUCUGUCGAACAAGAACAGCUUCGUGAAUUCGUGAAAGCACGUCUGAAGACAUUCUGCGAGGAAGAGGUCGACGUCCCCCUUGUCCUCUUCAAUGACGUACUAGAACACGCCCUUCGUAUCGACAGAGUAUUCCGGCAACCACAAGGCCACCUUAUCUUGAUUGGCACCAGUGGUAGUGGAAAGACCACCCUCUCAAGGUUCGUUGCUUGGAUGAACGGCCUGAGCAUCUUCCAGAUUAAGGUGCAUGGCAAAUAUUCUGCUGAAGACUUUGAUGAAGAUCUCCGAAAUGUUCUGAGAGCUUGUGGUACCCGAGGUCAGAAGAUUUGUUUCAUCAUGGACGAGUCCAAUGUGCUAGACUCUGGCUUCCUGGAGCGAAUGAACACUUUACUUGCCAAUGGAGAAGUUCCCGGUCUUUUCGAAGGCGACGAAUACUCUGCUUUGAUGACAGCUUGCAGAGAAGGUGCCCAGCGUCAAGGCGAUCAUAUCGAUUCUCAAGAAGAACUCUACAAGUGGUUCACCAAGGAAAUUGUAAAGAACCUGCACGUUGUUUUCACUAUGAACCCGCCACAGGAAGGUUUGUCGUCCAAAGCAGCUACGAGUCCAGCCUUGUUCAACCGUUGCGUGCUUAACUGGAUGGGCGAUUGGUCAGAUCAAGCUCUUUUCCAGGUUGGAUACGAGCUCACGCAAUCAAUUGAUCUGGACAAAGCGGGCUUCACUGCUCCAGACAGCAUCCCUCUCGCCUAUCGCGAUCUUACGCUUCCUGCGUCACAUCGUGACACUAUUAUCAAUGCGAUGGUUCACAUGCACUAUUCAAUUCAGAGGACCAAUGAGCGCCUGGAGCAACAACAGGGUAUUGUUACAUAUCUCACACCUCGGCAUUAUCUCGACUUUGUGACACAAUUUGGCAAGCUCUUCAGGGAAAAGCGAGAGGAUCUCGAAGAACAGCAACGACAUCUGAACGUCGGUCUCGAGAAGUUGCGGGAUACAGUGGACAAAGUUCGCGAUCUUCGAGCAAGCUUAGACCAGAAGAAGCAGCAACUAGAGCUCAAAGACGCUGAAGCUAAUGAAAAACUGCAGCGCAUGGUGGCCGAUCAGCAAGAAGCCGAGCAGAGAAAAACAUCCUCAUUAGAGGUACAAUGUGCCUUGGAAGAGCAAGAAAAGGAGAUCGCAAGCCGGAAGGAAAUUGUGCUCAAUGAUCUCGCCAAGGCUGAGCCAGCUGUGAUUGAAGCUCAGCAAAGUGUUAGCAACAUCAAGAGACAACAUCUUACUGAAGUUCGUUCCAUGGCCAACCCUCCGGCUGGUGUGAAGCUUGCGCUGGAAUCUGUCUGCACUCUGCUUGGCCAUAAGGUAGACAGCUGGAAGAGUAUUCAAGCUGUUGUGCGCAAGGACGAUUUCAUCGCCAAUAUUGUCAACUAUAACAACGAAAAGGACAUGACACCACCGUUGCGACAGAAGAUGCGCCAUGACUAUCUGUCCAAUGACGACUUUACCUUUGAGAAGGUAUUCCGUGCAAGCAAGGCAUGUGGCCCUCUUGUACAAUGGGUCGAGGCCCAAGUCAAUUAUUCCGAGAUUCUCGACCGCGUUGGGCCCCUUCGUUCUGAGGUUGAGCAACUGGAAGAGAAAGCUCUCGACACCAAAGCGAAUGCUAAAGCCAUUGAGAACACUAUUACCAAGCUCGAGAACAGUAUCGCUACAUACAAGACAGAAUACGCUGCUCUUAUCAGCGAGACGCAAGCAAUCAAAGGUGAAAUGGCCAGAGUUCAGACAAAGGUCGACCGAAGUCUCCGGUUACUGGACAGUCUUUCUUCCGAACGAAUAAGAUGGGAAGCUGCCAGCAAAUCUUUCGAGACGCAAAUCCAGACUUUGGUCGGAGAUGUUUUGAUAGCAUCAGCAUUCCUUGCCUACGCAGGUCUCUUCGAUCAGCAGUUCAGAAAGACCAUGGUUGAUGAUUGGAUGCAUCAUAUGUCGAUGUCUGGAGUCUCUUGCAAGAACGAUGGCUCCGUCUUGGGUUAUCUUUCGUCCGCCGAUGAGCGUCUGCAGUGGCAACGUCAUUCGCUACCUGCGGACGACCUGUGCAUGGAAAACGCCAUCAUGCUUAAGCGCUUCAACAGAUAUCCCUUGAUCAUUGACCCUCCUGGCAGAGUGACCGAAUUCUUGAAGCAAGAACAUCAAGGACGCAAAUUGACGGUAACAAGCUUCCUCGACGAUGCCUUUACCAAACAGCUUGAAAGCGCCUUGCGAUUUGGCAAUCCGAUUCUGAUUCAAGAUGCGGAGUAUCUUGACCCAAUCUUGACCCAUGUUCUCAACAAGGAGUACCAAAAGACAGGUGGACGAGUCCUCAUCCAAUUGGGCAAACAAGAGAUCGAUUUCUCUGAGCAUUUCCAGCUCUAUUUGUCCACUCGCGACCCUUCCGCAAAUUUCGCCCCGGACGUAUGCAGCAGAACGACCUUCAUCAACUUCACUGUUACUCGUAGCAGUCUGCAGACUCAGUCUCUCAAUGAUGUCCUCAAAGCAGAGCGUCCGGACGUUGACAAGCGUCGCACCAAUCUCGUCAAGAUGCAGGGUGAAUUUGACACCAACCUACGACAACUUGAAAAGAGACUGUUGCAAGCCCUGAAUGAAUCUCGUGGCAAUAUCUUGGACGACGACAAUGUCAUUCAGACCUUGGAAACGCUCAAGAAGGAAGCCGCAGUGAUCACAAAGAAGGUCGCAGAGACAGAAGGUGUCAUGGCAGAAGUCGAUCGCAUUACCCAAGGCUACAGCCGGAUUGCCAAUGCUUGUAGUGCCAUCUUCGCAUUGCUUGAACAGCUUCACCACCUCAAUCAUGGCUACCGAUUUUCAUUACAAUAUUUCAUUGACAUCUUCAAUUCGGUCUUGCAUCACAACCCUCACCUUACGAACAAGACCAAUUAUGAGGAGAGAAGCGAGAUCAUUCUAAAGGAUAUCUUUGUUGAAACGUAUCGGAGAACAUCACUAUCGAUGUUGCAGAAAGAUCGAAUCACCCUUGCAAUGUUGCUCGUCCGUGCAACACCUUACGAAUUCGAUCGUUCUGUCAUGGAAUUGAUCCUUGAAAAUCGGCCUCGUUCUCGUGGUUCAAUCGCACCUGAUGCCUCUGAUGAGGAUGUAAUGUCCGCAGUCAAACAGGUUCCUGUUUUUGAUCAACAACUGAUCAACGCCUCUGGCAACGCCUGGACACAAUUCCUCGCUGCUGAGCGCGCUGAACAUCAUGUUCCAACAGUUUGGAAAGAGACUGACAAUGCUGUUGACCGAAGUCUUUACGAAUUGCUUCUUAUGAAGCUCGCAAGACCAGACCGAUUCCUACCUACAGCCGAGAAGCUUGUGACGAACGUGUUCGGACAGGAGAUUUUCCAAGGAUCGGAUGAUCUGAGCGCCAUUGUUAAAGAAGUCAACUCUUCAGUACCCAUUGCCCUAUGCUCAAACCCAGGAUUUGAUGCCAGCUACAAGGUGGAUGCACUUGUUGAGAAGCAGAAUGCAAACUGUGCGAAUGUGGCUAUGGGCUCAGAAGAGGCUAUCGCCAGCGCCGACAAGGCUAUCACUAGCGCAGCAGCAAAUGGUAACUGGGUAUUGAUCAAGAACGUCCACCUGGCACCUCAAUGGUUACAGAGUCUCGAGAAACGAUUAUCAGCACUCAAACCUCAUCCCGACUUCAGACUCUUCUUGUCGAUGGAGUCCAGUUCCAAGAUUCCUGUCAACUUGAUCCGAGCAUCCCGAACCCUGGUGUAUGAACAGCCUGCCGGUAUGCGAGCCAAUAUGAAGGAUACCCUGACAGUCCUGUCAGACAGAGGAACCAAAACACCAGUGGAAAAGGGCAGACUCUACCUCCUUCUCUGCUUCCUGCAUGCUGUACUUCAAGAACGCUUACGAUAUGCGCCAACUCUGGGGUGGAAAGGACUUUGGGAGUUCAACGACAGUGACUAUGAAUGCUGUUCAUUCAUCAUUGAUACCUGGAUCGAAGCUAUUGCCCAAGGCCGUUCAAAUGUCGCUCCUGUCAAACUACCCUGGGAUCUGAUCCGUACUUUGAUCACUGAAAUGUACGGAGGCAAGAUUGAUGAUGAGGGAGACUUCUCUUUGCUCAACAACAUCGUCAACAAAAUUUUCGACCCUGCUGCAUACGAAACUGAUCACGAACUUGUGUCGGACAAUGAUGGCCAGGCGCUGAAGGUUCCACAAGGAACGACGAUUCGGGACUUCUUGAACUGGGUCGAUCGACUGCCGGAACGAGAGCCGCCAGCUUAUUUGGGACUGCCUGCUAACGCGGAGAAGUUGCUUUUGAUGGGUCAGGGGCGAGAAACCAUUGGCAACCUUGCUAGGGUUACAGAUUUGUUGGAGGAAGGAGAGCAUUCUGUCGCCGCCCCUCAAGAAAGCAAGGCAUAGACAUUGGAUUAACUUUUCUGAGGGUGGCGAUUUUGCUACUUGUUGAUGGGGACAUUAUGAGGAGAAUACAUGAUGGAUCAGAGUGGAAUUACUUUGUUUUCUUGGAUGUGGUGACAUUAGUUCUGAACAAGGGAGUAAAUGCUUUUAUUGAGUCAAGAGCAUGGCGUUUAAGGAGUUUGAAUAUGGGACUUUGGCAUGAGGGGCUUCAAGAAAGCAGAAUCUGCAUGACGUAGACAUUUUCUGUUUGAUUCACUUCACUCACCCUUAUCGGUCAAUGUUAGAUACUCUUUUUUUAUUUGUUCUUGGUAUAUAUUUACUUCUUGGAAAAAAG